CACACACGCGCCCUUAACGCUGACACUAUUUCGAGGUGCAAAAUAGGCGCUGUCCCGGGCUCCCCACGACCAUCAGUAUCACUCAAGAACACCUCUUUAAGGGCUUCAAAACGCGCGAUGGCGCAUCGUUAACAUAUCAUACACACAUCACGCACAGACGCACCAAUUAUGGCUCUCGCAUUCGCAGCGAUGCGGUGCGCGACUGGUGCGACCGCGUCGCUGCUGCCCGCCGCGCGGAGCUGGGCCGUUAGCAUGCUUACUUCUGGACUAGAUCAUGGCCUUGGAGUGUCUGUACUGGGAGGAGGACCGCUUCCAGGCUUGCUAGCUCGGGCACGGCACGACAGCGCGUUGGCGCAGCGGGCGUCGGAGCAGGUGGUGCCUCCGGAGAUUCUGAGGGAGCUCCAGCAACUAGAGGGCUCGCUGAAUGACGCGGCACGCCUGGACGGCCGGCGGCGCAGCAGCCUGCGGCUAUCACAGUCCACGCUGCCCCUCCCGCUGCCAACACACACCGUGGAGCCCGGGCUCCCCGCGCUGGAUGCGCACGUGCGGCCCCGCUCAGCCACCGGCGGCACCGCCUGCAAAUGGCUGCGGCGGGCGGGUCGCGUGCCUGGCCGGGUGCACUCGCUGCCGGGCGCGGACGCGAGGGCGGGGGCGGCGGCUGGGCACAGCGAGGACCAGGGGGCGAGCAGCAGCAGUAGCAACAUCAACAAUAACAACAACAAGUUACUUGUGCACUUCUCGGAGGGCGACGUUGCCAAGCUGAUCCGCACCUUUGGUCGCAACGGCUGCACGGCGCGGGUGCUGCAGCUCAACCUCGUGGCGCCGGACGCGGCGGCCAGCGACUCUGGGGCCGAGCAAGCGGCGCAGGCGGACGCGGGGCGCAGUGGUGAGGGCACCAGCGGCAGCACCAGCGGCACACAACUGGGCAUGCUACGCGUGAAGCCGACACGCGUGUUCGUGAACGCCGUGACGCAGCGUGUGGAGGGCCUGGACCUGAUUUACUGCCCGCCCGAGCGGCAGGUGCUGGUGGACGUGCCCGUGCGGCUGCUGAACGACGACCUGGCGCCCGGGGUCAAGAAGGGCGGCUGGAUUGCGCUGUUCAAGCGCACGGUGCGGUACAAGGCGCUUGGCGGUGCCAUCCCGCCGUACAUCGAGGUCAACGUACGGAACAUGGAUCUCGACCAAGACAUGCUGGUACGGGACAUGCCCAUCCCGCCCGGCACCAAGCUGUACGAAAAGGACUACAACGCGCCGGUGCUGCGAUGCACCACUGAUGUGGGCAAGGACUAAGCAUGGGGGAGCUGGUGGAGGAGGCCACUGGAGUUGGCGGGAGUUAGGGUUUGCUGCGUUGGUUGGAAAUGCUGACGCGGUGACUCUGGAGCUGACUGUGUGGUAGCAUAGUUGUGUGCGAACAUGUGUUAUCUAGUCCAAUGUGCAAACAGGAGAGCUGUGGAGGCGAGGGGCAGUGCAGAAGUCGAGCGGUCGGGGCUUUUUAGGGCUGUCUUGCGUUUCGCUGGGCCAGCGCGGGAGUUUGCGCCGGCAUAGCGCAAUUACCAAGUUGUUAGAUUCAUUCUGACGGUCGUCGGACUCUGGGAGCGAGCGCAAGGCCCCUCCCGCCCUUGUGACGACAGGCUGACGGGA